AAUUCACACCGACAUGGCGGAUCUCCGACGAGUCCACCGUUUUCGCGACCACCCCAUCGCAGGCGUAAACUGGCGACCGACUCGCUUUGUCGAGGAGCUGCCCACUUCCCGCGUGUGUGGACUCUGCCGCAUGAUACCGACGAGGACUGUGCUGUUGCCAUGCUCGCACAUUCUUUGCCAAUCGUGCAGCGCAGCCAGUACCCAAGGCGGCAGUAGGCGGUGUCCCUUGGAUCAAGAGCCGUUCGAAGAAGCUGAAUGUUCCACUUACGAUUUGCCUGUCGGCACAGCGAACGCCUUGAAGGUUUAUUGCUGGAACGAAGCUAACGGAUGCGAGUACGAGGGCGCCAUGGAAGAAAUGCUGCAACACUUCGAGAAGGAAUGCACGUUCCACGCCGUGGAAUGUUUGCAGUGCGGCGAAGCAGUCUUGCACAGUGAACUGGCAACGCACUGCGUGGCUGGGUGCAGUGUCUGUGUUGCUUCAGCACGCAGAGACAACACGUCGUCGGAAUCUGAAGCGGUGACAACUGAAGACGUAAGGAAUGCCCUCGAAGACGUGAGCCUGUUGAGGGAUUCGAACCUCGACCAGGUGCUGCCUUCUAUACAGAGUCAGGUGAACGAGCUAACGGAACAAGUCGGGAACCAGGAAACCAGCUUGGCCGAAGUCACAGGCGAGGCUAGAUCAUCUUUAAAUGCAGAGGUGGCUGAGCACGCGGCCACGGCUUCCUCGGCUGUCUCGCGGGAAUCGGCUUCUUGUCAAAAUUCAGCGGAUGAAGCCAGCACGUCAACGUCGUCACUAUCCUGCACGCAGGAAUUGUUGAUGAAUCGAAAGCCUGAAAUCUUCUCGGAACUGUCACCUCAUGUUCUGCAGCAGAUGCAGAAAACAUCCACGCAAGACUUUCCUCAGCAUUUCAUUGAAUAUUAUGGCCUUCAUAAAGGUGCAUGUCACUUAACGUUGACCACGCCGCUUUCUACGACACGUACAUGGAGAGAAGGGCUAGGGACGGUGACGUAUGUCAUAACUCUCGAAAAUAGGGGCCUUUCAUUGAGCGAAAUGCAGGAACUGCUUUUUCGUAUGACAGUGCUGCACACUAGGGACUCACGCUUUACUGUUGACGUAUACGCCAAUUUCAACCCUGUACUUCGACUGGUGUGCUCGGAGAACUCCGUCGACAUUCCUGCAGAGAUCGACAGUCGUUGA